GAGGCGUGCACGUGGGUGUCACUCUAUCCCAGCUGCACGGACACAACACAAAGUACAAAGAAGCGAGCACACCACGCACCUGACGGAUCCCUUUGGGUUUCUUCUUUUGGAUAUAACUUUUACCGUGCGGGUUUAUUUGGUGCUGAAGUGCUAACGUUUGAAGUUGGGACUUGUUGUCCUUUUGGGGGAGUUUCACGUGUCUGCAUUUGGCACCAGACGCAUCUGUCAUCGACUGACACUGGGUGCCUGGAGCUGCCAAAGUCAUGCCGGCCGGGUUUCAGCAACUCGGAGGGGAGACAGUGACGGGAACCUUUGUUCUCUCAGUCUUCACUGCCGUCCUGGGAUCUCUGGAGUUUGGGUACAACAUCGGUGUCAUCAAUGCACCCCAGAAGAUGAUCGAGCAGGACUAUAAUGCGACAUGGUUGCAGCGGUAUGGAGAACCCAUCCCCAGUGGGACCCUCACCUCCCUCUGGUCUCUGUCCGUGGCCAUCUUCUCCAUCGGUGGCAUGCUGUCCGCCUUCUGCUUGGGCUUCGUCUCCGAGUGGCUGGGCAGGAGGAAAGCCAUGCUCAUAAACAACUUGUUCGCCUUCAUUGGUGGAAGUCUGAUGGCGUUGUCCAAGCUCUGCCGCUCCUUUGAAAUGAUGAUCCUCGGACGCUUUAUCAUCGGUGCCUACUGUGGAUUAGCAUCAGGCUUGACACCGAUGUAUGUGGGAGAGAUAGCUCCCACAAGUCUGCGAGGGGCACUGGGCACGCUGCACCAACUGGCUAUAGUCACUGGUAUUCUCAUAGCACAGAUCCUGGGUCUGGAGGUGUUACUGGGCAGUCAGGAGUUGUGGCCAGUCCUGUUGGGUUUAACUGUCGUGCCGACUGUACUUCAGAUGUCAUUUCUGCCUUUCUGCCCCGAGAGCCCCCGCUUCCUCUACAUCGUCCGCUGCCAGGAGCACCAGGCCAAGAGAGGCCUGAGGAGGCUGACGGGUAGGCAGGAGGUCGGCGACAUGCUGGCAGAGAUGAAGGAGGAGAAGAGGAAGAUGGAAAUGGAGAGGAAGGUGUCCAUCCUGGAGCUCUUUCGCUCUCCACUGUACCGCCAGCCCAUCAUCAUUUCUAUCCUGCUGCAGCUCUCCCAGCAGCUGUCUGGGAUCAAUGCAAUUUUCUACUACUCCACCAGUAUCUUCAUAAAGGCAGGAGUCCAGAGUCCAGUCUAUGCCACCAUAGGAGCAGGCGUAAUAAACUGUGCCUUCACCGUGGUCUCGCUCUUCCUGAUAGAGAGGAUGGGUCGGCGGACGCUGCACAUGCUGGGACUUGGUGGGAUGUGUAUCUGUGCCGUCAUCAUGACCAUGGCUCUCGCUUUAUUGGACAGCGUUCCUUGGAUGAGCUACAUCUGCAUGCUGUCCAUCUUUGGCUUCGUGGCCUUCUUUGAGGUCGGUCCGGGUCCAAUCCCUUGGUUUUUCGUAGCUGAGCUGUUCUCUCAGGGUCCAAGGCCGGCUGCCAUGGCUGUGGCGGGCUUUUCCAACUGGACUGCCAACUUCAUCAUCGGCAUGGGCUUCCAAUAUGUUGCUGACCUUUGUGGGCCAUACGUCUUCCUGAUCUUCGCAGUACUCCUCCUCUUCUUCCUCAUCUUCACAUUCUUCCGGGUGCCAGAGACACGGGGCAAGACCUUCGACCAGAUUGCAGCAAACUUCAAUGAGCGCUCAGUGGGAGGAAUGAUGGAUAUGGACAUGGACAUGGACCUGGACAAGCCCAGCACCGAGCUGGACUAUUUGGGGGAGGAAAGCAUCAACUGAGGAGUCCCUGCCUGGAGAGAUAUGGAACUGAGUACAGCUUGGGAUGAACUGUGUAUGUGGGCCCGACUUUUCUGACAUGUAUAUUGAGGUCAAUUGUUGUAUUCAUAUAGAUUGUGGUGCCAAAGCAGUGUUAAAGGUGUGUUUUGGAAUUGUCCUUUGCUGGUACCACUGCACUAUGAGGUUACAAAUUGAGCCUUGACAAAAGGCUUAAACCCUAUGGAGUAAGAGUUGACUACUGUAGUUUCAAGGUAUAAGAUGCACAUAAGAACAAAGUUUUUGGACUGUUGAGGCAUUGACUGCCAACGUGGUAGGAUUUUAUUCCAUGGCGAUGCACUCAGUUGCAAUAUUGACAGACGGAGGUGGAAAGACUUUGGAAUUCCUGCACUUUAACUACAAAGACAUCCAAAGUUUUCGGAGUUUGAAGGUAAAAGCCAACAUAACAUAGGAUAUAUAGCCAUUGAGUUAAGUAUGCUUGCCUAUUUUGUACCAAAGCUGGGAACACAAACUAAAUGCCUAAAGACUGAAACGCAUUUAACUGAUGAACUGAACAGAAUAGUACGUCUGAAAGUUGUAAAAUAAAUCCAACGUUUCCACUUACAGUAACUUGGGCCGGGUAUUAAACAAAUACUUUUUUGGUACCAACUGAAAUGUUUCCAUAACAUUCAGGAAAAUUGUCAAGUACAGAAAUCAUCAAAUGCUUGACCACAUUUGUUACCUUUUUAACUUAUUCUUUGAUUUGGAGCACCCUGGUAGCUCACCUGGUAGAGAGCGUGUACCCAACCAUCAUCCCCUACCAUUUCUGGUCACUUUCUUGCAAAAUUCCAGAAAAAAAACACCAACAAUUUAUUCUUUAAUCACACAAUUUAAAAUUAAAAAGAUCAUUUUAAUUUAUUUAGGCAAAAUUCUCAUAUGAGUGCUCAGAAAUAAUCUCUGAGCAGGUCCUCUUUCACAGAGGCUGCCAUGUUUCUACAGUAGCCCAGAAUGGACAAAACCAAACACUGGCUCUGCUUAGGGCCUUUUGUGAGCUUUUUGCAGCCACUUGGAAGCCUGAGCUGUAUUCAAAUGGUUGCAACCUGCAGCUUCACCACUAGAUGUCACUGAAUCUUACACCCUGGUCCUUUAAGAAAUAUUAAAGGAUUUUAAUUUUAAUUAAAAUGUCAAGCAAUACCAAGCCCUGAUAACUGUCCAAGGAGUCCUUUUAAUCUUUUAUUACCAAAGUGGGCUGUCAACAUGUAGUGUGUUCCCCGCUAAGGCAAACUGCUAUAUUACAAAGUAUUUUUCUGAUCAUGAGAAACUCAUUGCACAACCUGCAGAAAUGCUACUUUUAAACAAACAAAAAAAAUCUAUUUUAGUACUUCAUGUGUACAUAUAGUGUGUCAUUUGGUUGUUGAUAUUUAAGGGUAUGAGGGUCUAAAAGUUUCAAUUCUUUAUGCACUCCAGCAGGUGUUUGGUUUUGUAAACAGAAGCCCGAUACUAUACUAGAGCAAGACGUGCAAUCAGAGGGCUGCCUGUAAAGAGUAGUUUUGUUUUUUUAAAAAUCACACAAUCAUGUUUGUGCAUUUCUCUUGACAUCUGUCAUGUGUGCUGUUUGCUGUCUAUUCUUUAAUGGUGUGUAUCACUACCUUCUGAGGAUUUGUACUGAGAUUGUUCAGAGAGGACCUGUAAUUUGUAUACAGUGAAUAUUGAUGCUGUGGUCAAGUGUGACUGAAAGGAUGCAAGUACUGUAAAUAAUGUUACUAAAAACA